AUGAAUUGUGAUAAAGAAGUUGGAACCAAAGAUGUGUCAAAAUAAAGAAAAGUGGAAUAAUACUUAUAAUUAAAGAAAUCAUGCAUAUGUAAUUUUUUAUGAAAGAUGAAGAAUAUUCAUGCCUUUCUUGCCACACACGCUUCUUAUACCUUCAAACCCAUUUCUCCUAAUCCCUUCCUUCUUCACAACACUCCCUUUGUAACUCUUAUUACAUGCCUCAUUCUUCAUCUUUGUUAAGAAAAGCUUUUAAAUAACCAAUACUAAUCACUUCCUCUAUUAAAAAGUUUUAUUUAAAGAAAAAUGGUGAGAUCUUGCUCUUCCAAAUCAAAGAAUCCUUGGACAGAUGAAGAUAACACCUCCCAGAAGUUUGCAUUUGCAUCUGCAUCUGCCUCCUCCAAGAACGGAUCCACUCCUAAGAAAAUAGGACUUAGGAGAUGUGGGAAGAGCUGCAGAGUGAGAAAGACUGAUAAUGCAGGAGCAGCUAAGCAUGAGAGCUUCACUCCUGAAGAAGAAGAUCUCAUCAUCAAGAUGCAUGCGGCAAUGGGAAGCAGAUGGCCACUUAUUGCACAACAUCUACCAGGAAAGACAGAAGAAGAAGUGAAGAUGGUUUGGAACUCAAAACUAAAGAAGAAACUGUCUCAAAUGGGAAUAGAUCAUGUCACUCACCGUCCUUUCUCUCAUGUCCUUGCUGAAUACGGCAACAUCAACGGUGGUGGUGGUGGUAACCUAAACCCGAAUCCCAUGAACCAAACCGGAUCUCUUGGACCUAAUCCCUCUCUCAACGAAGAUUCUCAUCAACAACAACAACAACAAUCAAAUGAUUCAGGAGAUCUCAUGUUUCAUCUACAAGCAAUCAAGCUUAUGACUGAGUCAUCAAACCAAGUCAAGCCAGACUCUACGUUUAUGUACGCCUCUUCCUCUUCUUCUAACUCGUCUCCUCCGUUGUUCUCUUCAACUUGUUCUACCAUAGCUCAGGAGAAUUCGGAGGUUAACUUCACCUGGUCUGACUUUCUUCUUGAUCAAGAAACCUUCAAUGAAAACCAACAGAACUUUCCUGAUCAAGAACUAGACAACUUGUUUGGUAAUGAGUUCUCUGAGGCAGAAGCUGUAGCUACAAUGGCUAAUACAUCAGCUCCAGAUGCUCAAAUGGAAGAGGAGUCUCUAAGCAAUGGGUUCGUUGAGUCGAUUAUAGCUAAAGAAAAAGAGUUGUUCUUGGGAUUUCCAAGCUAUUUGGAUCAGCCUUUCCAUUUCUAGUUUAUCUUAUCUUUCUUCUUCUUCUUCUCAAGUCUCAACUACUAAAUAAAGAAACAAUGUAAUAAAGAGACAGUUGGUUUAUCUUUAUUAUAAUGGAGAAGCAAAAAAAAAUAGAGAAAGAGAUGAAUCUUAUUCAUUUUAUUUUGGGGGUUCAAGAAAUCUUAUAAAUGUUGAUUUUUCAUUACCUAUUAUUCAUAUGAUUAUUUCUAUAAAAUCGAAAUGAGAAAGAUCAUUUCAAAAAAGAAAACAUAAAUCAAAAGAUUCAAAGAGCAAACUUGGACUUGAGAUUGUUCACAGUUGCAUCAUCAGUCCUAAUGAUAAAACAGAGGAUACUCUGUUUUGUAAAUAUUUAGUGAUUCAUUCUGGUCUUUGUCAAAGCCUCUUUUGACGUCUCUUUUACUAUUUUACUCAGUUUUCUCAAGUAAGCACUCUUCUCUUCAUAACUCCAUACACAAGUCCAUCAAGGACUUCCUAUCCAAUCUAACCCGUCUCUUUAAAUGAUGAAGUCCAUCUUGGACUAUCCUGAGCUGAGUCAGAAAGAGGAAUCCCAAAGAAUAUAUUGCUUAUCUCCUUUUGCAAGACUAAGUGUUUUAUCAUCAACUGACUCCCCAGAGGCGCCUUUCGUGUUAAAAGUCUUCAUUCUCUGGCAGUUCUGAGUACUUGAUCAGGCUCCAGGGUAGUGCACAUGGUGCAAAUGCUCAUGGUCCCAUAUUUUUUUAUCAAAUUCUCUUUAUAUAUUUUAGAUUUUUCACACAUUUUAAUAAAACACUUAAAAUUUGCAUAAUUUUUUUGUUAUCUUUUCCCAUAAUUUUAAACCAAUAAAAAUUCAAUAAAUACAAUUAAGAUUUUUGAAAUUUAUAAUUAGUUAAAUAAAACAUGCAUUGAAAUUUGAAAAUACAAAAAAUAGAUUUUUUUGAACAAAUUUUUUCUCUAAAAUAUGUAACUUUAUGAAACCGAGAGAGUAUAUAGCAACGGUCCGAUUUUAAAAUUUUGUUAUUGUCUUUAGAAAGAAAAAAAAAUAUGGCAUAGGGUCUAUCUAAUUCUUGAGCCGGCCUGUACUUGAUAUGAGAUAACUCAAAGGUUCUUUGAUUGAAUGAGACUCUAGGAGAAUGAGUAGGGGCAACAAAGAAAGAGUGGUUACAAUUUUUGAGGUCGAAGAACUUUGCAAACUGGUUAGAGAAGAAGAAGCUAGGAGUCCUGGUCCCAUUCAAGGAUAUAAUAGAUUAAGAAGUGUGGGAAUGUUCCAAGUUCUUGAAGGAACGGUCAGACAUUGUUGUGACUGCAAAAUGCUUAUCAUGAAGAUAGAAGCAACCACAGUGACAAUUAGCAGGAGCAAAGCAUGAAAGUUUGAGAUUGUGGCAGAGAAGAAAAACAGAGGUUGUGUAAUUGACCUGACCAUCAUUAUUAUUUCUGUUUCUAUUUUUGGAAUGGGAAAAAAAUUGAACUUAACUACAAAUUUAGAAAUGGUUUAUAAAGUUCUAUGUUCUGCAUUUUAGUUUUUUUUCAGAGAAAUCCAUGUAAGCACAGAUAGACUUAACUACGCCUAACUAUCAUCUAUAAGAAAACAAAAAUCCACCAAAAAGUCAGAGUGGCUAACAUUACAUUAUUAUGGAACUAAAGGUGAUCCUGAUAAGAUAUUCGAUGAACCACAUACACACAUUUUAGCUUAUCCCAAAAGAUAAGAUAUAGAAAAGCCCCAUAAGUCACCAACCAUUGAUUGAGAUGGGCCACAUGAGAGUCUCACAACUUCUUUUAACUUACAUACCACAUAACAAACCACACACAGGGAGCAGAGUUUUACAAACAAUACAAACAAUACAAAACA